GCUGACCGCGCGAGCGUGCGGUCGUUGACACGUUAUCUAGAGUGGUAGGAGCCCAUAAUGGCUUCCAAGUUGCUAAAAUGUGCAUCCUGUGAAAUUUUGAUUUCGGAGGUGAUGGCGUUUAUAUGGAACAAAAUAAAUUCAAUUGAUGAAAACACACUCAUUAGGAUCUGUAGUACAGCUUUCACUUCGGAGGAAAUACGAACAGCGAAAAAACUUCUCUUCGAAGCUGUACCAAUCAAAAGGUUGAGAACAAGAAAAAAUGAGGAUAAUUCAGUAAAAGACCUGGAAGAUAUUAUUGACCUUCUCAAGCAGAUGGAUGCUACAGACCCGGAUCGACUACCUAUUUUUGUGGCAAGAGAGCUGCAUCGGUUACCGCCGGUAACGUUCGACCAUAUUGACGUUACCCGUUUGUUGAGAGAUUUGAACCUUAUUAGAGAAGACUUGCGGGAAAUCAAAAGCCAGUAUGUUACGCAGAAGCAACUCCAAGAAACCUUAGUGCUUACACGGGAAAAAUCGGUAGAUUAUGUAAAUAGAAAGCGUGGAGCAUUCGUAGGAAAUAGUUACAAUCAUUGCGAUAGUGGACCAAUGGGAUUACGACAUAUAAGCAGCGAGCCGUUAGACGCUGGCGCAGAAUACAAUAAGAGUGAGGAGUAUAACAAUAUAUCCCUAUCGCCCCGAGAAACAGGUGCACUAGACCGUGUGGAAAGGUCAGUGACCUUGCCCGUAGAAGUGCAUAGUAGUGAACGCGAUAGCGCACUCAGUCAGCCUAGCAAAAAUGAGACGGCAAUGCAACCGAUCGUGGAAGCAGUCUCGGACACAAUGCCGAUUGAGACGAUUGAAAAAUGUUCCAUCUCUAACAAGCAACCGAGCAAGAGGGAGACAGAACGUCAAGUGCGCCUGGACGCUAAACCGGUUGGGGCGGCGAGCGCCGUGAUCGGAGACGCUAGAAAAAUGUCACAGGAGGCGGACGCAAGCAGUCAACAGGGUGGACGGCAGCGCUCAAUGGCGGAUGUUGUGCGUACGAGUACGGAAUGUAACCAAACGGAAGAUGAUUUAGGUGGAGAGUGGAUCACAGUACAGAGAAAAAAGUCGUUGAAAAAUAGGUUUGUUAGUGAGGUAGGUAGUGCGUGUCAUGAUUUAAAGUUCAAAGCGGCGCCAUACCUAGGCGAUUACGCACUGCAUCCGAUCUGAAUCCUUGAAAAUACGUUACGAAGUAGUCAUACAACUAUUUGUAUGGUAUGUAGCUUACGCACUAACUCCGACUUCCGUCGUCCGAGUAGUCUCUGUCAUCCGUGAGAAUAUUUCGGAUGUGCCUCGGAUUAAAAUCGGACAUAUAAAAUAU